AUGGACGAGCGCGGGAAAGUGCUCGUUGUGAUGGAGUUUCUGCCGAGCGAUCUCAGCAGGCUGAUCGCGGCGAGGAAGGUGCCUUUCUUUGCGCCCCAACUAAAAAUCAUGAUGUGUCAGAUUCUGGAUGGCGUCCGCUUUCUGCACGACAACGGCGUGAUGCACCGUGAUUUGAAGCUCGCCAACAUCCUCACCAACAAAGGGAAUCGCCUCAAGAUUUGUGAUUUUGGGCUUUCGCGGUGGGAGAACGGCUCGGGAUCGUACACGCCGGGUAUGGUGACGCAGUGGUACAGAGCGCCGGAGAUUCUGAUGGGAGAGACCAACUACACGAGCGCGGUAGAUAUGUGGUCGGUGGGGUGCAUAAUGGCGGAAUUGGUGCUGAGGAAGGUGCUUUUCCCGGGAAAUUCGGGGAUUCAGCAGCUGAGCCUCAUACACUCCUCCUCGGCCGCGCGAUGCAAGCGAUGCGAUGUACUUCUCCGCCUCUGCUUAGUUCAACCGGACUUGAUCUGCUGCUCAGCCUUCUUGCCUUGGAUCCCAACAGCAGGAUCACUGCCAACGAUGCCCUCAAACACCCUUGGUUUCUUGAGUUAUGAACAUAAUACUCUAUAUAUAUUUCUACUGGAGUAA